AUGCUUUCUACGCACGACGCCGCCGUACCGCUUCCGCCGGAUGUUUCGGCUACCGUCGACCCACUCUUGGAGGUGCUGUCGGCGUUUCCGAUGCCGCAGCUGCUGGCGACAUCGGCACCCCCAGAGCGCAGCGGCGGAGUGGCGCGUGGCACAUCGCACGCGUUGGACCACGCAGUAAAAGGGACUGUCAUGGAGUCCGCCCGUACUCUUAUGGCGUCCAGCAGCUACAUGGCACUGCGCCGCACUGCCGCAGAGGAGGGGGAAGAAGAAGAGGGUGGUGGAGACGGCAGCACGCCGCAAAAUGCAUCACACCUUUCCCCGCUAGCGCGGCGCAUCCAUGAGGAGCUGCUGCGGAUAGAGAUAGAUCGACUUCACGGAAUCAGUGAGAUGCGCAACGCUGAGGCACCUUCGAAGCAGGCGCGGUGGGUACACAAUGCGGAAUGUCACAUGACGCUGCGCCCGCGUUCCGCUCUCGAUGACUGUGGUGAAAAGGAAAAUGAGGAGGCAAGGCGAACCGUGAAGGUGCCAAAGCGCGAGCCGAAUUUCAGCUCUAUCGCUCCAGGUCACCUGCACGAUGCCGAGUUCGCCAAUGCCGGGCCUACACCAGAGUCGUACGGCCCCUCCACCCUUUCGGAUAUCAUUGACGCGGGGGUGCAGGGUCCCCGCGCGCUGGCGUCGCUGCUGGGCUUGUUAUCGGAUGCCCCGCAGCCCUUUAAAGACGUCCCUGCGGAUCGUCUCACAGCGUUUGUGUCGUCGCUGUUAACACUGCCGGGGGCUACAGCGACGUCUUCGGCGGACUUUGCGCUUCCCGCGGCUGCGAUGGAGCGGGCCGUGACCUGUUGUGCAUGCAUUGCCCACCCCACGUUUGAUCCAUCGGUGCUCGCCGAGGACGCGGUGGACCGCCUUAUCACUAUCCUUGCCGCCCUCCUCCGCCGCAUCCGAAGGCGGCAAUCAGGGCACGUGCCGGACGACGCCGGUGCCGGGACGGAGCUUGAGUGCCUACGAACGAUGCUGCGCUGCUUUGCCCUGAUGCUCGUUGACACCCGGCUUCGCCUCUGCGCUCAUGGGGAUCUGCUGCGUUUGGAGGAUCUUUGUUUUCAGUGCCUCUUUGUCGUUACCAGCACCUACGGACGGCAGGAGGUAGUCAACUACGCCGCGUACGUGUUGAGCCACGCGUUGCACCUCUACAGCGCCCUAUGGAACCGGCUAGAGUGCCAGCGCGAGGCAACCUGGCAGCGCUUCUUUCUCCGUCUACCGCAGGGCGAAAAUCUCUUGGUGCGCCUGUACCUGCUUCCGUCGGGGGUGAAAGUAACGGCACUCACACCGGCGGUGGUGGCCGCGGCGCAGUCGACGCCCGUCGGCAACGGCGCCGUCACACGAGGUGCCGCGGAACGCCUGCAGCAGCAAUGCCGCGUGUGGUCAAACAUGUUUUUUCAGCACUUUCUGCUUGAGGAACGCGACGACAAGCGAGAACGGGAGAUGUGCGGCGCCGUUGUCCUGCAGUUCUGCGAGGACUUGGCGAACAUGGUGGGGCUGCCGGAGUACCCUGCGGCGGACAUGCUGCUGCGCGCUUUCCUUGUAUCCUUUGCACAUCACUGCUUGUCCGCCUCCGAAGCGGAAGGGCUGCGGACGCUCUUUCUGGACGCCAUUUUUCGGGUAUCCUGUGUCCUUUUCGGCCCCACGCAGCAGACGGUGCUGCAGUCCGUCUUUCCAGAGGCGUGUGAGCUGACGGACGCUCAGCUGCGACAGUGGCGGCAGCUCACGCACCCGGACGAGGCGGCGAUAGAUACAGAGGUGCCGCUUUCCCACGAUGAAAUGCGGCAGGCACUGCUCUACAUGGUUCUCUCGCACCAGGUUGCGGAUCCCGCACCUGAUAUUGCGGCCACUGUCUUGCACCUGCGCGCGGCGCACGUCUACACAUGGGCCAUCCAGGACGCGGAUCGUUUCCCAGACGCCGUGGUGGAGGCACUGGUGCACGCCACGCAGGUGCAAGAUGGCGGCGUUGCCGUCGAAUGGAGCAUUUUGCAUGCGUGCAGCGCGCAGUUGUGUGCCUCCUGCGACAAGUCCUUGUUGAGCGCCAUGGCGAAUGAGCGGCUGCUGUCGUGGCUGCUGUCUGUGGUUCAGCUGCGGGAGGAGCAGCACUCCGCGGGGCUCGAGCUGGCACGCAAGAAGGCCAUCCAGUACAUGGGGAAGCUCGCCGCAAUGCACCCACCGCUGCUUGCGAAGGUUUGGCCCAUCGCUCGACGCUGCGUUCGCGAUGAUAGCGCGCGCGUGCGGGAGGCCAUAGUCCCGCUGUUUCUCACGUUGUUCUCUGAGACUUGCGGGAGGAGUGAUGCCGUUGCCCGUGUGGAGGAGACCGCCGCGGAGGUCGUCAGCUGCCUUCUUCACCUUCUGAACGACCGCAGCGUGGCCGUCGUUACGCGCGCCAUUGCGGCGCUUGACACCCUUCUUACAGACGCGUCGCUACGACAUCUGCUGGAUACCUUGGCGGCGGGCGAAAACCUGCUGACGUUUACGGAGUCGAAGCUGCUUGCGUUUGUUGGGCCAGGAAAGGAGACUCGACAUCAAACAUGCGUGAUGCGGCUCUUCCUACGACGGUGGGUGGGGCAGGAGGUUACCGACGUCGCCAGCCACCCCGUACGGGCUCGCGUAGCAAGGGAGCUGAUACGCCUUACCGUGACGAACAUGACGUACCCGUACGAGGCGUCGGAGUCGCUGCAUCUUGUCGCCCUCCUGCGCGGGAUGUGCCGUCUGGCAGAGGGGCGGGGGACGUCGAGGCGCACAGCAAAAAGCGCGCAGGCGGACGCGCUGGAGCUGCGCGGUGUCAUGAUCGGCGUCGCGAAGGUGCUGUGGGCGGAGCACCAGCGACUGAUGCCCGCGCCAGAGGCGGCAGCCGCGCUCACCGCCGUCCACGCCCUGGCCCUCGCAUGCGGUGAGUGGGUCGAACCCCUGUUGGAGGUCCUCGCGCAGACCCUCGCGCGGUCAAUCACGCCGCCGCCACCACCAUCACAACCGUCAUCGUCGUCGCAGGUAGCAGAGAGGGAGGCGGUGGGGGUCACGCUGCUACAUGUGUGCCGCAUCCUGCGGACGGUGUUGCUAGCGCCGCGCGCACCACCGCUUGCACUGGACCCACUCGCACGGGUCCUCACUACCGUGCUGUCAAGGUAUGUUGGGCCGCAUCAGCAGCAGAUUCUCGUAUCCGCCAGCGGCGUUCUAGCGGCCACCAUCACGUGUGGCGGAGACGGCCUUGCGGGCUACACGAACACAAAGUACCUGCUCCUCUGCUACUCUCUCAUGAAUACAUACUACGUGCGCACCAUGUCGUUCAUUCCGUCGCUUCGCACAGAUCUGCAGAGUGUGGCCUACACGCUGCGUUUUCUUUUUCUUCUCUCGGAAUUUCUGCGCUUAUAUCCCGCGUGGAAGCAGCACCACCAGGAGCUGACCGAGGAGACGGCGGUGGGUGGGUCGGGCGUUUCGAAUCAACUGGCACUCGGGGGCGGCAUCUGCGCGAACGUGUACGCGGCGGUGGAGCGGGUGCUGCAGGAGUGCCCCGCAGAGGCGCAGGAGCGAACAACCGUCAUUGCCUUGCGUGUGUUUGCCUCUCUCUGCAUGCUGCAGCCGACAAUAUUUUUCCGUCGCUGCGAGCCCUAUCUGCGGCGUGCCCUCGACCCCGCCGGCGACCUCUCCCUGCAGUCCCAGGGCCUUGUCCUCAUUCGUGACUUUUUGAAGGACGAGGACGCCCGAGUUGACCGUGCGGCAGCCACAAACGCUCCUGUGCCGCUGCCGUCUGCCGCGUCUUCGUCGUCGUCCCCGACUGCGCGAAAGCGAGGGAGACAUGAUGGGCUGCAUGUUGAGGCUGCUCCGUGCGUGGAGGAGCAGAACAGUGGCAUGGCGACGUGGGUGAUGCAGCAGUUUCAUUUGCAGAUUCUGCAACUGUGCGAGGUCAGCGCCGUGGGGGUGCGUCAGCUGGCCUUUGAGGUCCUGCAGCUAUGCGCGGAGGGGGGACUACUACCGCCGUCGCGGUACGCAAGUGCCCUGAUUGUUCUUGCUGCAGAUCCGCAAAACGAGGCACUGCGGCACGUUGCUGUGGAGUGUAUGGCGUCGCAAAGUGAGCGGUACGCUGACGUCGUUGCUGCCAAUGCCGCCACAGGCGUCAUUAGGGCGUUUGACCUUCACGACGCCUGUGGCGUUGACGUACUGCAGAGCGCCGUCCUCGCAGACACUUCCCUGCAGGCAGGUGAGUGCGUGCACGCCCAUCUCUUCACUUCACUGCGUAAGCGUCACCGGGAGGCGUUUCUUUCCUCGCUUCUGCGGUACUUUUAUCAAGAAGCGCGAGCGGCGCAGUGGCUGCGGGAACACCGCAGGGCUGGCGGGGAGUCGGCGCGAACCCCGUUUCCCUUCUUGGGUCACCUGACAAUGGUUGUGGCCUACCUCCCCUACACCAACGAAAGCGAUGUACUGCACGUGCUGGACAACUGCCGCGCGGCGGUGGACCUGGUGGGGCAGAGCUGCCUUGACUUUGCGGAGGCGCAGCUGUCUCUCCUGCAGUCACGGCGGCGCCCCACGCAUCCGGUGAGGCGGAGAAGCGGCACUGGCGGUCGUGAUGACACGGCGAGGCAGGACACCGCCGUUGAGCUGUGGCAGUGUUUUGGCAUUCUCUGUAUCUCGCACCUGCGCACCUUCCUUUGCGACGAGUACGGCUUGUAUGGGGCGAAGCUGCGGCGGUUGUCAAUGCGGCGUCGCAGCGGCAACACCUACCACCUGACAACACUCGCCCGCCGUGAACCGCAGAGCGCCGCCUCUGUGGCGUUUCGGCAGAACCUCACGGCGUUGCUGCGGAGUGAGGCACCGCUGUGGGAGGGUCCGCCGACGGACGCGGCCUCUGCCAACAGCCAGCGUUGCUCCGUCGAGGAAUUAUGCGGUGCCCUCGCGGGGGUGGUGCAGGCGGCUGAGAUGGAGGUGGAGACCGACGGUAGGGGGGCCACCCGCGGUAGUAGGGGCAGCACACAGCUGCCGCGGGCGCGGAGCUCGCGAGGCACUCCCCCAGCAGGCGCGACGGAAGAAGACGAAGAGCAGCCGGGACGGCGGCGGCAGCGGCGGAUGGCCGCGGAGGAGGACGAAGAGGGGGGAGACGUGACGGCAACGACAGGCAGCGGCAGUAACAGCAGCAGUGAUUCCCUGUCCGCAUCCGCUUCUGCCUUUGACGAUAACGAUGACAGCGAUACCGAUGGGGUGGAGGCGGGCUCUACUAGAAGCGCGUGA